GGGGCGGGGUCACACGGGGGUAGGUGGGACCCACCUGGACGUGCGGGAACGUGGGGAAUCCGAGCCGAGGUGACCGAGUUGGUCGGGGACUCGGGCCCUGCCAUGGUGGACUGGGUGCUCGACAGCGUCGUGGGCUUCCUGAGGAGCCCGCGAUGGGACGAGCCGAUUCGCCGCUUCAUGGAGCUGGAGUGCUCGGUUUUUCAGCCCGGAGAGGAGAACCCCCUGUGUCUGAGCGACAUCCACGGGCAGUAUCGCGACGUGGUGGGUGAUCUGCUGGAUGAAUACUGCGAGGAGGUCGGCAUUUCGGAAGAGGCUUUCCUGGAAGCCUGUAAUCGAGCUCUUUCCCACGGUGACCUCUCACAGAGUGCGUUCAAGCCGGUGUGGGCUGCUGAGGAUUUCGUUGCCUUCAAAGAGCUGAUGGUGGAGAAGAACCUGGAGAUGCAGGGCCGUGCCUUGAAUGACAUAGUCCAGCACCAAGGGGUGCUGCCAGACUGCCUCCUGGAAGGCGGGGAGGAUGCGGUGUCUAUGCUGGAGCGCCGUGAGGCCGAGUCUCUCCACGAAGCCCUCAGGCUUUCCAAGGAGGAGUAUGAACAGGAGCUGCUAAGAAGACGGCUGGGAAGCAUAGCUGCCGAGGAGAAGCCCAGAGCGACAACAGAGGGCCCAGCUCUCCUCCCAGAUGUUCCCGGCAGCACGGCUGGCCCUCGUCAGGGGACAGUGGAUGCUGCACUGGUGGAAGGUGCCACGACAAAAAAUGGAGGGAAGAGUGAGGAUUUUGUUGCAGCACAAGCUGCUGCCACUGCAAACCUGGGGGACAAGAUACAAGGCAAUGGCUGUAGCAUUGGACCAGAGAGAAAGGCCCUGCGCCCUUUGCGCUCCUACCCGCGGAGCACUCAGCUGGACGUUGUGGCCUCUGUUGGAGAUGGGCCACCUGAUGGGGGACAUUCACAGCAGCAACUGAGCAAUGAAGACACAUCCAACAGCAGAGUUGUGACAUCUCAGUCCAAAAACGAAGACACAGACCAGUCGACAUUAUGUGAGGAGGAGAUAGCAAAGAGGAGGAUGUAUCUGGAGCAGCAGAGAGACCGGCUCAGAUCAGCACAAAGGUCUGAGGAGACGGGGCGGUCCCUGGAUGAGGAGACCGGCAGUGCCUCUGGUACACAGGCAGAGUUCCAGGAGCUGCCUGAGGAGGAGAAGAAAGCACUUCAGAGACGGAGGCUGCUCGCAGAGACCCUGAAGAGAGAAGUUCUUCACAAGGACUGAUCAAUGCCCUCAUCUUUAUUGUAUCUUGAAGUAUAUUGAUCUGAAUCCAAUACUAUAUUUAUGAAAUUCUCGUCUCAAGGGAUAACAUUUGUGUUUCAUUUGAUAUACAGUGUAUGCUGAAAGAGGUUGUUCUACUUAAUGUACUUGUUAAACUUGUAUCCGUGCUUAUAAUUUAGCUUCAUAAUUUCCACAUUCUGAGAUAUAUUUUAUAUACAAGCCUGAAUUUGAUAUCAGCGAUACUACUGCAGAUAUGUCAUAUUCAACUGUUUAUAUAACAGCUUCUUUAUGUAGUCUGUAUUGUAUAUUUUGAUAUGAAAAGUUGAGAUUCAAUUUCUUCCAAAUGCAAUUUUUGUAAUUCGCCAUUUAUACUUGAUUUCUUUUUUACUCGCUGUAUGUCCUACUAGUAUAAUUGUAUAUUUUGACUGAAUGAUCUAGAUGUGACAAUGGGGCUGUUGAGUGCGCUCAUCAUUUAAUUUCAAAUGUCAUUGCAUCUAAAGGCUAAUGCAAAAUAGCUUAACGUGAACUAAAUGCCCACAGAUAUAGAAACAUUCAUAAGUAGACAAUACACCUUUACCAUAUUGUCUUUCCAUGAAAAAUCUGAAGUUUACUUUUACACAUUUCAUCGGCGACAUGGCCUUCUGGGAGUGCAUUUUAUCAGCAGCAUUGGUUUAAUAAAAGCAAACUGGA